GUACAGAAGAAUGGAAAACUCGCUAAGACAACGAAGAGGUCUUCAGAUAACUUGAACCAUAUGUGCCAUACCAGUGCAUGACAGACCUCUCUGAGGGAGGGAUGGAUGACCUGUGGAGUAUAGCGACUUUGUUGCUGCAGGUGUGGUUCUCCGUGAUGAUUGGGCUCAUCAUGAUACCAGCUAUGUUUGGCCUCUCCCUGGGGGUCACUUCGGUCUACAUUCAGAUUCUGGUCAAGAUAUUGGAGUGGGCCACCCUUCGGAUCCAGAGAGGACACAGGGAUCGACCCACUCUGCCAGUGCCUGCUCCGCUACCCAAUGGACUCAUCCAGAGGGAGGGUGGCUCUAUGGAACAGGAGAUGGGGGAGCUGCGUCGGUAUCGUACCCAGUCCAUAUCGAGGGGAGAGUUUGCGCUGAGCGACUCAUUCUACUUCUACAGAAAGGGCCUGGAGAGCAUCGUGGAUGACCAGGUGACUCAGUGCUUCUCCUCUGAGGAGCUGGUCUCCUGGAACCUCCUGACCCGCACCAACCACAACUUUCACUACAUCAGCCUGCGCCUCACCGUCAUCUGGGGCCUGGGCGUGAUCAUACGUUACUGUGUCCUUUUCCCUCUCAGGAUAACCCUGGCAAUCAUAGGGUUGAGCUGGCUGGUGAUCGGGACAACUUUGGUGGGGUUUCUACCUAACAGGAGAGUGAAGAACUGGCUCAGUGAGUUAGUCCAUCUGAUGUGCUACAGGAUCUGUGCCAGAGGCCUCUCUGCCACCA